AUGCACAAGAAACUCAAGACCUCCCGUGAGCUCGGCCGCUAACUGGCGCUUGUGUCCUCACCCGCAGAUCCGAGAUCCGUGGAUGCACCAGGAGUGGAAGCUCAAAGCAUUCAUGGGUCGUUUUUGGACGAACCGAUGGCCCAUAGCUUAGGCUCCGAGUCGCAUGUGGGAUGGGCAGCGCCCGAUGACGACGGCGUCAGCGCCCCGCACCACCUCCAGCUUGAGCUGGCUGAGGAUCAUGCACGAAGGCUCUAUGACUACUCCCAACCAAGACCCGACCAUGACGACCUACGUCAGGCACGUUCUUCUUCUCGCCCACGCUCGAGCUACAGGCUGAGCUCCCAUUACCCGCUCGAGUCGUCGAACCCACGCCCGCCUUCACGGAGCGCCGAUCGCGGCGACCGUCACCAAGUUCAGCACGAGUCGCCCGGAAAAUUCGACGGCACUUCUGCUUCGUCGCACCCCUCCGACGCGAGACCGGAAAUAAGUGCCUCCUCAUCACUCGAUCGUCUGCGUCUUCGGACAAGCGUGUCGAACAAAGAGCCCUCGAGCGAAACAAGCCGUGAUAACUCUCCUUCGACAAUCGGGCGAGACGAUUUCUCUUCCGGACAGACUUCUGUCGCCGCUGCGAGCCCUAGCGCUCCAUUCGACGCAAUGGCAGAGCCUUUGAAAGAUCAGGUCAAGAGCAAGACAACGCAAUCCGUGGACUUGCUCGCCAUGAGUCUCGAUCUGCUCUCGUUUCUCAAGGAGCAUCGCCCGGCCUUCCCCGUGAUCAAGCUUCCAAUUCCAAUCGCGAGCUCGUCCGAGGCUCAGGGUGUCGUAGGUGAGGCCCUCAGCGGACACAUUGGCAGGGCAUCCUCCAACGCGACUUCAAGAGGAGCGGCCGCCACCACGGUUGACGGCUGGCAAAUAUCUCGGUCACAGCGCGCCCGCACCGAUCCUUGGGUGUGCUCGGGAUGCCACAGGGACUUGGGCUGGUUGCUCCUGCGAGGUCCUGCUUCGGCGGAGGCCACCUCUUAUCGGGCAGUCUUCCUCUGCAACGACUGCAGCCCAAUCGCCAAGGAACCAGAAAGAUCCCACUCGGGCCACGUCGAAAACAUGAGCGAACCCAGCUACUACAACAGUUUCACGCGCUUCGUUGAGGAAGAAUCGGGCCAUCCUUUGCCAGAACCGCGGCCGCACGCCGGGCCCGACCGAGUCCGACCGAGAAAGAAGCGGAAAGAGAUGGAGGACUCUAGCGCGGCAUGUGAGUUGUGAGGUCACUUGGAAGCGUCUGACAUGCACAACGCAGUCUUAUGAAGACCCACGGCCCCUUCCCUCCUCAGGUGACGUAUGCACGCGCAUCAUCGCUUCGGGUUCUAUUAGCGCCAUCGACCGUGACGAGGCGCCUCCAGACUUACUGGUCGAGUUCAUCUGCGCAUCCUGCCAUGAUCGAUACCGACGAUGCACGGACUGUGGGAGUCGAUUUACACCGCGGGUCGGCACAGGGAAAUGGCGCCUCAAGGAACUGUUCGCCGACGGUGUAAAGUCAUGCUCUAUCCCGCAUAGGCCGCUGGUGCUCGAGGAUACGACAUGCGACACGUGGCGAUUAUCCGAUCUGCCACACGGUAGCGACGAGUUCGCGGCGUUCUUGCACGAGACCCACAAAGCGCUUGUGGGGGCGGUCAUGGUAGUCAUCGCGAUCCCAGACACUAUGGAGUCGGACGCCCCGUUCUGUGUCGAUUUUCGGACCGCUGCAAUGGUUUGCAAUGACCUACAUAGCAUCUUGAGCAGCUUGGUGACACAAGUUCGUCCAUGCCAAUGACUGUCUGGCGUAUGAACUUUGUCGCUGAUAGCUUUGGGUCUCACGUCCUACACAGGACAUCGAAGAGGAGCUUGGUAUCCGUGAGCUUUCGAAUCCCGAUUCACGCGGGCCCUGAAGCACCGCUGAUCUAUGCUUGACUUCACUUCGACUAUUCUUGCAGGACGAUACCUGGCCCUCCGAUGGCACAAUCCCAGCAAGCAAGAACGUAGCAACACGUUCGUUCUGCAACCACAAGACCCGGACGUGAUCGCCCAGGAGCGGCCGGAACGUCUAAUGAGGGAGGGCUACAGCCUACACAGCUAUGUCUUUGCUGAACUGGACGUAAGUUUCCCUUAUAGCCCUACGACGGUUUCAAGGAUAUUCCCACUGGUAAUGCAUCACGGCGUUGACCCCGAUGCUACCAAUCACUAUGUCAUAGCUAAAACAUGGAUCGGUGGGCAUUCAUGCCAUGGUUCCCCGGGGUGUGAGUUGCCCUCCCGCCCUGUGUAGUUCGCGCACUGUGUCCAAGUUGCUGAUUGGAUCAGUCGAAUUGUUUUCAACAGAUCGGACAUAGCUAUUUUGCACGUAUGUCUCGAAAGCGACCGGUAUCGAGACGUGCCUCCCAGAGACAACCUACUCACCAACUCGCCUUGUGUACACUUGCACAGAAUCACUUCUCGUCCAAGCUCUCCUAGUACGGAUGCGUGCUGAUCUCCUCGAAACGAACACAUCACGCGUCGCCCAAGGCCUGAUGCCAUUCCCCAAGAUCCACGAGGUGUGGAACUUUAUGACCAUAGGCAAAUCGAGUCGGGUGCUGCAGAGGGAUGAAUCGCAGCGCGGUAUGAUCGAGUUGGACCAGUACUUGGAACAGUACAAGGAUGUGACGGAUCCAAGCCACUUUCCCCCGAUCCGACCGUGAGUGAACGAUCCUUAUACUCUCGAAACGUUCACUCAACCCGACCCGCGAAAUUAACCGAUAGUCCGCCGGUUCGAUGUGCAGAUUCUUCCUCCCCAAUGCCUACCUAUCUCGAUAUCGCUUUUGGGCUCGACGAUUCGGAGAAGGCGACGACCUUACCGCGAUUCAGCGAUCUCGAUACGUCAAGGCGGCUACGAAGAGAAGGCAACAGCAGAGUGUCCCGACUGGGUGACAAGACACAUCCUUAGUAGCACACUGGUACUUUUGUGUAAUACACUGAUCCAACCUGCCAUGACAUGUUGAAACUAGCACCAACCCACCAGCUGAGGACUGCUCUUGACGUCUGAUCGAGAGAUUUGCUUGUCUACAUAAUUUUACAUGAUCAUCGAUGGCGCAUAGAUUGCCAAGUGUCGUAGGGCCUAUCGAGCGUCUGCCUCCCCCCACAUCGACCGGCGCCGACGCCGACUUCGGCCUCGUGAGUUCGCUGAGCAUGUCAGACCCACCACCAGCUUAUAGUGAUGCUGUAGAGGCAUCACAUCCCUCAUGCUCGGCCGAGUAUGCGAUCGGGUCCUCGGGCUCUACAGCGGCGUCAUGGACCGAUUCGGAACUUCGCAAGGUGUCGAGCUCUCGGCAUUUCCACGACCAGUUCGAUCGGAGGCUGCUCCUACACGGCUGCAACCUGUCCGGGAUCAACAAGCUCCCUUCGAAGCCGGAUGGUGCGACGCAUGUCCUGAACGAAGGCUGGUGGGACCACGAGAACGUCUCGUUCGUCGGUCGGCCGUUUCCUCUCGACGAAGCGUGAGUCCCACUGUUCGUGUGGCUUGAUGCAGGAGGUGUCAAAACCCCGUUGGACAUGUCAAUGAGCUGUUCAGCUGGUAUCGUAAGCAUAACGGGGACAAGGGGCAGUGUAUUGUGGUGCGAAGGCGGGCUGUGCUGCGUCGAUUCUCGCCGGCCUCCGCGCACGCGCCAGCAGCCCAAUAAUGAUGCGGAAGCCCCCAAGUCCCCAAAUCUUGGCACAUCUGAUCCAUGGUCGGUCGAGCUCGAACCGAGACAUCGCUCAGGGGUAUAGUCACCCCCAAGCACUGGAUUCGGAACUCGGGAUCGGGAAUGGCGGCGACAGCAACUCCAUGGCUGACACAAAGUUCCUGCCCCCCCCCCCAGACAUGAUCACCUUGCACGAUUAUCGCAGUGGGGUCUGACUUUUGUCCGAUUCGUCGUCACAUGGGAGGCACUCGAGCAUUCGGGACCGGGCCAGUACGACAUGGACUACAUCGAUUAUCUUCGUUCUUUGAUCUCGCUCUUCCCCAAGUACGGUAUCAAAUGCUACAUCGACGCGCACCAAGACGUGUGGUCUCGUCACACCGGCGGAUCCGGCGCUCCGACGUGGACUCUGGAACUGGUCGGAUUUGACAUUCGGAACCUCAAAGCCACGGGCGCGGCUCAUGCGCACAAUCUUAACCUCGAUGACGACGACCCAGCCCCACAAAACUGGCCAUCAGGCUAUUCUAAGCUUGCGGGAGCGACGAUGGCGACUUUGUUCUGGGCGGGCGAAACGUUUGCACCGAAGCGCCAGGUCGAGAGAGGCCAGAACGCUGCCGCUUGGGGUCAGGACGCACCGGACGAGAUGGUCGGCGUGCAGGUCUUUAUGCAAAAAUGCAUGAUCGGCGCAUUUGGGGCGUUAGCAGAUGCAUUGAAGAAUCUCCCCGCUGUCAUUGGUUUCGAAGUCAGUCUCUGGAACGGGUUACCCAUCCUCGCUUCCGAACUCGACCCUGGAAAAUUGGGCGCUGACUGAGGCGCGCUGAUGACCCCCAGGUAAUGAACGAGCCGCACCCGGGAUACAUCGGCGUUCACUCUCCUUACUCCUUCAAUCUGAAAAAGGAUCUCGCGAUCGGUCACUUCCCGACUGCGGUCCAAUCAUGGGCUCUCGGUGCAGGCCACUCGGUGCUCAUCGACCACUACGGUCCUUCCUUCCCCGUGACCGCUGUGACGCACCAGACGCUCAUCUCCCCACCAAAGGGGAUCACUGCGUGGAAGGAGGGGGCCGAAUGUGUGUGGAAAGAGCAAGGUGUAUGGGCAUGGGAUGAGAAGAAGAAAGAGGCGCUCGCGCUAAGGAUAGAGUACUUUAAUCAACAUCCCGAAACAGGAGCCCAGACGGACUGGGCAAAGUGAGUUCGCUUCGAGAUCAACGCGGGGAUGGCUCUCACCACUGAUACUUGAGUCUACAACUAUAUCCGCAGGGAUUUUUACUUUCCCUUCUGCCGCGACUUUGGAGAAAGGGUAAAGGAAGCGAAUCCGAGGUGGUACACCAUGGCCGGGCCACUACCGAACGAACCGUGCCCAAGGUGGACGCCGGAGGGUCAACCGCACAAUUUGAUCUACGCCCCGCAUUGGUACGACCUGCAAGCACUAUUCACGAAGUCGCUCGGUUUUAUGACCGCGAACGUGCAAGGGUUGGCGAGAGGGAUGUUCCUGCUAAGAGCCCUGGUGAGUCGCUUCUUCGACGAGGGCGUGCCCAUCUGAAACCGAGCACUCAGCUCUCCGAUUCAUUCGUCAGUAUUUCGGGCGAAACGGGAUCAGGAAAAAGUGAGCAACUUUCCGUCCACUCCUCCCUUCAAAGCUCUCGACUGACCUGUUCUCUUCCUUACACAGCUACACGGCUCAGAUCCGUGAAGUCAUACAAUCUGGUUACCGCACGCUUGGCGAGCUCCCCAUUAUUCUCGGCGAAACCGGCGUCCCCUUUGAUCUCAAUGGCAAGCAGGCUUUUGCCACGGGCGAUUUUUCGUGGCAGGAACGCCAGAUGGACGCCAUUUGCUCGGCCUUGGAGAGGAACUUGAUUUCGUUCAAGUACGUCUGAAGCUCUCGUGCGUCGUUUCAAGAUGUUCAGGCUGAUCUGGGACCUACAUUUUACUCGUCCGCAGCUUGUGGAACUACAACCCGCUCAAUACGGAUCAAUGGGGCGAUUCUUGGAACGCGGAAAAUUUUUCUUGGUUCUCGCAAAGCGAUAUGACCCGGGCCAAAUUCAAUGCGGCUAAAAGUGAAGAUGAACGAUUGAACGUGGGUGCGCGAGUGCUUGAUGCGGUCGAGGUGAGCUUUCGGGUCUUCUCAGGCAUGCACGGAGAGGAGAUGGCCUGACCCAUGAUCGACCUCUCCAGCGUCCGUACGCAAGUAAAGUGGCCGGCAUUCCCUACGCCUUCUCAUACGAUUUCAAGCUCCUCCAAUGCACCUUCAGCUACGUUAACCCGACAAGUCCUAAAGAGUUCCGAACUCGACGACCCCAGAACCUCGCGACGACCCACGAUCCGCCGAUCCCGGGGACAACGCCGCGAAGUCGAGAGACGGAGAUCUACCUUCCUCGAAGAAGGUUCGGUGGUUUGAAUAGCAGGUUGAAGGUCAGGUUGAGUGAUGGAGAGUGGAAGUACGAUGAAGAGGUGAGUUUCAAUACCGCUGAGCGUUCGCGCCUCAGACGGGCGAUGAACUGAUGAUCGGGUUUUCGUCUCAUCUCGCAAGCUACAAACCCUCUACGUACUACACACGAACCUCACCCCGGGAUUCAUCCACACCGUCCGCAUCUCAGUUGAUGGUGAAGUCUUGGAUGCGCUCUUAAUCAUCGCAGGUAUGAUUGUGCUCGGUAUCACGAUGACGUGCGCAUUGAGUCAAUACGACCAAGAGUGGUUGGUCGAGAAGGUCUUGGGCAAGUUCGAGUUGUAA